CUGACUAAUAAAGGUGACUCGUCAACCAAAGACGACCUCAGGAGCAGCAGCAGCAGCAGCCAGACAACAUCCGGACCUCAAACUUUUCUCAGCCAGGUUGCCAUGACAACAGCGCCUCCUUCUCUUCAGCUGCCACAGGCGACAGUUGGCCACGCAGCUCCUCCUUUCCCCUUCAACCCGCCGCUCUCACCCCCUCCUCUGGGCUCAUCUGCACCAAGUGGCCGACCCCCGCAACAGGACAAGGGCACAAAGAGAGCUUUCGUUCCGCCCAUGACGCCUCAGCCGCUCGUCAUACAAGGUUCCUGUGUGUCUGGAGUUUUGCGACCAGUCUCGGAAAUUCCAGUUAAAUUCAGAUCGGUCUUCAGUGAGUUUCCCUUUUUCAACUACGUUCAGUCUAAAGCGCUGGACGAUGUUCUCUACACCAAUAAGAACUUUGUGGCGUGUGCUCCUACUGGAUCAGGCAAAACAGUACUGUUUGAGUUGGCCAUCAUUCGCUUAUUAAUGGAGACACCAGAGCCAUGGCGAGACGUCAAAGCUGUAUACAUGGCUCCAAUCAAAGCUCUUUGCAGUCAGCGCUUUGAGGACUGGAAGAAGAAGUUUGGGCCUCUGGGACUGAACUGCAAGGAGCUGACUGGAGACACAGAGAUUGAUGACUUUUUUGAGAUUCACGACUCCCACAUCAUCCUCACCACGCCUGAAAAGUGGGACAGCAUGACAAGGAAGUGGAAGGAAAACUGUUUGCUGCAGUUGGUCAGCCUCUUCCUCAUUGAUGAGGUUCAUGUGGUGAAAGAUACAACCCGUGGUGCCACCUUGGAAGUAGUAGUGAGCAGGAUGAAGGCAGUUCAGACCUAUAGAACCACACAAAAGUCUGAGGCAGGGCUCUCGAUGAGAUUUGUGGCUGUAUCUGCCACUAUUCCCAACAUAGCUGAUAUAGCAGACUGGCUGUCCAAUGAGAGCGGACCGGCCACAUUUCUGAAUAUGGAUGAGAGCCACAGACCUGUGAAGCUUCGGAAGGUCAUACUAGGAUUCCCUUGCAGCCAAAACCAAUCAGAGUUCAAGUUUGACUUGUCACUCAACUACAGAAUGGCCAACAUCAUACAGACCUAUUCUGACCAGAAGCCUGCAUUAGUGUUCUGCUCAACAAGGAAAGGAGUUCAACAGUCGGCUGCAGUUCUAGCCAAAGAUGCCAAUUUCAUCAUGAGCAUUGAACACAAGCAGAGGUUGAUGAAAUAUGCUAACACUAUUCUGGAUGCAAAACUAAGAGAUCUGGUGAUGUUAGGAGUUGGUUACCACCAUGCUGGUGUGGACAUGUCUGAUAGGAAGCUGAUAGAAGAGGCCUUCACACAGGGAGACCUUCCAGUUCUCUUUACUACCAGGACUCUGGCUAUGGGCGUAAAUCUGCCAGCCCACCUGGUUGUGAUCAAAUCUACUAUGCAGUAUGUGACAGGCUCCUGUGAAGAGUACAGUGAAGCCGACAUGCUUCAGAUGAUUGGCCGUGCAGGACGACCGCAGUUUGACACAUCAGCCACUGCAGUGAUUAUGACUAAGUUUCAAACCAGAGACAAAUACUUGAAACUUAUGAAUGGGGUUGAAAUCAUUGAGAGCAGCUUACAUACACACCUUGUAGAGCACCUGAAUGCCGAGAUUGUUCUCCAAACCAUUAGUGAUGUCAACAUGGCUCUAGACUGGAUACGCUCCACUUUUCUCUACAUCAGAGCCCUUAAGAACCCCACACACUAUGGUUUUUCUGACAACUUGGACAGGUGUGGUAUUGAAGCAAAACUUCAAGAGCUCUGUUUGAAGAACCUCAAUGCUCUGUCUUCCAUUGAUUUGAUCAGAAUGGAUGAGGAUAUCAAUAUCAAGCCAACAGAGGCCGGCAGGUUGAUGGCGAGAUAUUGCAUUGCCUUUGAUACCAUGAGGCAGUUCAGCAAAGUGGCUGGCACUGAAACCGUGUCUGACUUGAUUGAGCUGGUCUCAAAAAGCAAAGAGUUUAUGGAAAUUCAGCUGAGAGUGAAUGAGAAGAGAGCCUUGAACACUUUGAACAAGGACAGGAACAGAACCACAAUCAGAUUUCCCCUCAGCGGAAAGAUAAAAACCAGUGAAAUGAAAGUGAAUUGUUUGAUUCAGGCCCAUUUGGGUUCAAUCCCACUUCAGGAUUUUGGACUCACCCAGGACACAGUGAAGAUCUUCAGGAUUGGGAUGCGGAUCAGCCGAUGCUUGUCCGAGUUUCUGAUUCAGCAAUCGAAAACUGGUUUUUCUGCCGUGCUCAACUCCCUGAUCCUGGCUAAGUGCUUUAGAGCCAAACUCUGGGAAAACUCGCCUUACGUUUCUAAACAGCUGGAAAAGAUAGGUCAGACUCUGUCAUCUGCAAUGGUGAAUGCCGGACUCAGCACUUUCAGCAAAAUAGAGCAAACCAAUGCCAGAGAGCUGGAGCUGAUUGUCAACAGGCAUCCACCAUUUGGAAACCUAAUCAGAGAAUCUGUGAUGCAUCUUCCAAAGUAUGAUGUCACCCUGGAACAGCUUCCAAGGUACAGCAGCGCCACCGCGGAGAUCGUGGUUAAGGUGAAUCUCAAAAACCAAGCGCAGCUGUUGUCCAGGAGAACAGCUCCAGACCACCACUAUGUCUCUCUGAUCAUCGGCAGCUCUGACAAUACUGUGAUCUUUCUACAAAAAGUCACGGAUUUGUUGCUGCUGAAGACUGGUAGCUGGUCCAAAAAGAUAGAUGUGACAAAUGCUUCAAAGGGAGAUGAGAUCAGUGUCCAUCUCAUCAGCUCAGAAUACGUGGGCCUGGACAUCCAUCAGAAAUUUGUUGUGUACUUCUCUGCUGCAAAACAGUUUGGGGCUGGAAACUCUCACAGUACGACAGGACAGAGACCACAGCACUCUGUCCUGAAGCCACCAUCCACGAAACAGUCUCCAACUCAGAGAGAACCUGUCUGUUCUCCUAAAGACCAAGAUCUUGGCAGUAAAAGAGAAUGCAACCAUUUCUGCAAGAAUAAGAACCUUUGUGCCCAUGAGUGUUGUAAAGUGGGUGUGACAGUAGUGAAAAGGCGGUCAGCAAACCCAGAAUCCAAUUUCUCCUCCUAUUUAAACGACCUAAGAAACAGGAGUGACGCCCUCAUACAGACACCCGCCAAACGACUCAAGAUGAAGAUGAGUGAGGAGUCUUUGCCUGUCAAAUUACAGGAGUUUACUUACAAACCCAAAGCGAUGCUUCCACCUGUUUCCUGGCAAGGAAGGAAUCAGUGUAACACUUCAGAGGCUCAAAACUUUGCUCAACUCCCAGACACAGUUUGCAUGAAUGAUUUUGACACAGAUUUCGAUAUCUACGAAGAAGACGUGCCGGAGAUGGUGGAACAGGCCCCCCAAAUCUAUGCUGCACCACCUGUUCAUGAUCAAAGUUCCUCCAUAUGGGAGAUCCAAGAAACAAAUGGUCGUCGCCGUAGUUCUAUGGGUGAUCAGAGCCACAGGGAUACAAGAGGCUCGGCUUACGGCAGGGUGUCCACAGCGUCAAAGCAAGGAGCUUUCAUUGGAGAAGCUUCAACUCUCCAAUUCCCAACUGUCAGCUUUGAUCUUGGAAAUGAAUGGGAUGACUUUGAUGAUGAGAACUUGCUGCACGCAAGUGAGAUCUCAUUAUCCCCGAGUGGAACUAAUGCUGAACCUCAGAUCCCGCAGAGUGGUGAAUGCUGCGUGUCA